AUGCUGGAAAGGCCCAUCCUCGAGCGGCUCGCGAACCGGAAGCCUAGCAAAGCAGGUCCGGGGCGGAGCCUUGUCUCCACGAUGCUCGAGAAGCAGUACCGCAUGCAUGACACCAUCUGCUCAUUUCCGUCCAGGCACUUCUACGACAAUCGCCUCCAAAACGCCCAGGGCAUGUCGCUGAAACCGCCCGUGCCGAGCGUGUGGCCGAGCAAAACCGAUCGAGUCGUGUGGUUUGAUUGCUCCCAUCCGCAUAGCAUGGGCAGCGUGAUCACUGUGGGAAGCUCCCGCUCUCUGAACAUGACCGUUCUGGAGAACAACACUUCCUUGCAGAAUGAGGGCGAGGCGGAUAUGAUCGUCAAGGUGUACAAGAAGCUCAUGGAGAGUGGCCACUGCCGGGCUGAUGAUGUGGCAAUCAUCACCCCGUACAAGGCCCAAGAGCAGCACAUCCAGCGGAAGUUGAAGGAGCUUCCAGGGAAGCUUGGGAAAUCUGCGGGGAUGACGGCCGUGGGGACGGUUUUCAGCAUGCAAGGCUCGGAGCGUCACUACAUCCUCCUCAGCUUCGUGCGGAGCGUUGCCGAAGGUUGGGCUUUGAACCACCUCUCGAUGCAAGGCUCCGCCAACGAGCUGCGCGUGGCGGUGUCGCAGCAGAGCCCGGGUCUGCGGCAAACCUUCGAGAGCCACAUCGGAAUCGCGGGGAAGGCUACUCUGCUCAACGUCGCGCUCACCCGAGCGAAAAGUGGACUUGUCAUCGUGGCGAAUCGGACCGUAUUGAGUGAGGGCUCAGAGGAUUUUUACCAACUAGCUGCUGAUUUAGAUGAGCGGGGAUGCUUCGUUCCCGAGGGCUGCUUUUGA